AUUUCAGUUUGAUGGCUUAAAACGCGUUGCUGCGAUAUUUUGCUGCCCUCAAUCCUUUUGAGACAUGCCGACAUGCCAAAGAUGGAGAGAGAAUGCUGAUGUGCUGAAACUGUUUUCCUCAAGUCUAGGAGCCUAGAUCUCGGGAUCAGGGGCGGAUGGAGGGUUAUGUGCAAUUCCAGGGAUCGUGUGUGAUCGUAGCGCAUGCUUGGUGCUGGCAGCCUUUUUAGUUUGAUCAAAUCAAACCACCAACGGGGGAAAGGACAACAUGCCGGCAUCAGUGGAGGACCAGCUGAGAUCCGCGGAGAGCGCCCUGUCGUUCCUGCGGUCGGAACACAGCCGCACACUGGCCGGGCUGCACGAAGAGAUCGAGCGACUGCAGACCAGAUGUAAAGAACUGACAUUCAGCCUUACCCUACAGUCUUCUCAGAGUCAGGCCAGGGCAAAGGAACACGAUUCUCAUCAGCAUGGGGCAAAGAAACCUUGGAGAAAGCAGCUGUUUGACCCCAACAGCGUGCUGUCCCAUCCAGCGUUUAUCAUGACAGCACGGGACAGCGUUGUUUCUCGAGGAGCGCCCGGCAGCGCCAUGUCAGCCGUCGGUCAGGAGCAGGAACAGCUCCAGUCCCUUAUCGAAGAGAAGGAGAAGAAGAUCUACUACCUUGAGCGGGAGCUGCGCCUGAGAGAAGACUCGUACCUGGCCGAACUCGCACGGAAGAACCGCCAGGUGGCGCUGUUAACCAGAAGACUGCACUCACGACCGGCAGCCAUCGUGCAGAUCAGCACGACUCCGCGGAUCUCCCGGAAGACAAAAACACGAAAAGCCAGCGAUGACGCGAACCACCCCGAUGAAGAGUCUGUUUCGGAGACCGUUAGUGUUAAUGUCGGUGGUGAUGACCAUCCUGUACUACAGAAGAAAUGUAGCCAGACCAAGCUGCCAAGCUUGAGUACGAGUCUGCCCUCGUUUCCUCCACAGGACAGAACUUUGUCGGCGGUAGCCAGACGCGGGAAGGCGGGCAGCGCACACGUGCACAGCCGAGCAACCGGUAAACCGUCUCCUGCUGCGAAACAAGAUGGCGACCACAGCAGUCGCCAGUCCAGUGCCAAGACUACGCGCAGCCAGAGAGUGAGCGCAAGCAGCACAGCUUCAAGGAAACACCAGCAGCAGGGUAGCAGCAAAGUUUCCGAACCCUCGCCAUUCAUCGUGGACAUUCCAACCGAACUGUUCCUCCAGAUCCGCCCUGCCCCCGCCAUCCUGCCGCCGAUCGCCGGUCGGGGUAGACACGGGUGGCGUACGCGCCGCGGCAGGUCGAUACGAGCUCCGCUGGCCAAACACCAGGAGGUUGAGACGGAGCGCCCGCGAAAGCCACCGCCCCCUGCCGUGGAGAGCAUCGUUGUAGGAACCGUGGCCUCCCCCGGAGCAGAGGUGACCCCAGUGGAACAGACCCAAGCAGACUGCAGCUAAGAUCAUUACUGUAACAGUUGAACAGUUGAAUGGUCAGGAAACAGGGGUACCUAAGUAAUCAUACGAUCCUUACGGAAAACAUACGAUCCUUACGGAAAUCAUACGAUCCACUACUAGAAACAUACGAUCCUUACUAAUUUGCUGGACCAUGUGACAUCAGCGGCAAAUUCAAGAUGGCGGACUCUGGAGAACUUCUUUUUCCCAUGUAGUUGGUGCAAUAAUAUGCCGUCUAAGAAGCCAGCAGUGAAGGUUGGGGUUUUGGUUUUUAGCAGGAUGUGAUAAGCCCGUGCGCAAAGAUAUCGUAACGAAUUAUAAAUGAGCAAUCCCGAGGCCGCCAUAGUGAAUCUGCCGCUUGUGUGACGUGAAGGAUCGUAUGUUUCCCCGUAAGGAUCAUUUGUUUCUAGUAGUGGAUCGUAUGUUUUCUGUAAGGAUCGUAUGUUUCCUAGUAGUGGAUCGUAUGAUUUCCGUAAGGAUCGUAUGUUUCCUAGUAGUGGAUCGUAUGUUUUCCGUAAGGAUCGUAUGAUUACUUUGUUACCCCUGGGAAAUAAGAUUAAGAAAUCUUUUUCCGACACUCUGAUCCCUAAAGCUUUCUCACGUAAAUCAAUUCAAUCCUAAAGAGUUCAAUUUGAAUAUCAAGGGCAUUACGUGUCAAAACCACUUCUAUUGGAAUUCUACUUGACAAUUCUACUAAGCAACAGAAUUGCAUUGUAUUUCUUCAACAAUUGUUGGGAAAAGAUUAUAACCCAAACAAGUAGCAGCUGUAUUUUCUAAUACUAAUCAAGGACCACUUCUUGCCAUCUUAUACUCUAUACUCAUAUAUGUUGAAAAUGUCAGGAUCAAAAUACUUACAGCAUGUUCAGCAGA